UUGCAGAGCAGUUUCCGGAAGAGUUUUGCUGUUUUAAACAAAUUACAGGGAGAGUAAAGACGUAGUGGUGUAAUAUGGCUGGGCUGCUUAGGGGAGCUUUGAGAUGGUAUAGUGGAGUUGAACACGCGGAAGUAUCCACAGACUCUUUGUCUUUAAUAGGUGAUCGGCUACCCUAUUGCCUGGUGCUGGGUGAGCACGCCUGUGGGAAGACAUCGUUGUUAUUUCUUGCGGCAAUAUUAGCUGCAGCCGAAGAAGGAAAGCGAGUGUUGUUCAUAUCACGCAGUCCUAUCCAGACUCUUCCUGCCCCCCUUGUAGGGUUGAGGGCACGGUUAGGCCCCCUCAGCUUGAAGGUUGGAAUUUUCUCUCUGGGACUCCAUGGAAAACAGACUCUUACCCAGUCGGACUUUCCUGGUAAUAAAAUGCCAAAAAUCCAGUUUCUUUAUCCACGUUCAUCUGAUGAGCUAUUGCAAGUUGUGGCAUCUGUACAUGAAAAUGAGAAGCUUGUGCCUUCUUUGAUUAUAGUGGAUGGACUUAAUGAAUAUGCAGCUACCAGCGGACAUCAUUUUGUAGCUCAUGUGUCAGCCCUACUAGUGGACACAGCAGCGUUUCUUACAGAACGAUUCAGUGCUAUUUCUAAAAACCCAGAGGGUGUAAACUCAAAAUGCAGUGUGAUUGUGUCUUUGACUUUACCUUCGUGCACAGAUGAUGAAACAGAAGGAUCUCUGAAUGUGAUUGAACGUUACUUUCCUGUCAGAUGCUGGCUAGAGAAGGACACGUACAGCCCAGAGGGUGUAGUUGAAGGACAAAACUUUAGGGUGUACUUUUCAGAGGAGUCUGGAAUAGAGCCGCAACAGGAUUCUGCUUCAGGAAGCCAAGAGACAAAAGAGUGGAAGGUGAUGUUUCGAGAAAGUGGUGAGAUGACUGUCCUUCCCCUUCGUCCAAGUAACAGCGGGACAAUGUGAAACGAUGCAAUAUAAACCACACGGACAUUUGAACAUCUUUGGUUCCCAGCUCUCCAGCAAGUGUCACACUAUGACUUGAAACGUGCAGCAUUUCUCUUACUCUUUUGGUAGUGUGUGUAUCCUCAUUGUUACCAUUUGACAGCACAUUCAAUUCACUCAUAUUUUGAGAGCAAGCAUUCAGUUCUGAAGAUAAUGUAGGUAUUAUGAUGUAGGGCUUUUAUGUACUCUGAUAAAGUUUGGUUUGUCCAUUUGUAAACUGUAUAUAAUUAUAGACUUACUUUCCUGCAGUACUGAAACUCUGUGGUAUAAAUUAUGUUACUUUUCCUUGGUUAA